AUGCCGAGUCCCACCAAGAAACGGAAGCUCAACAACGGCACCAAAUCAACAGCACCAGCUAAAGGCCUUGAGUAUUUCUUCUCAAAACAGAAACAAAAUGAAGCUCAUUCUAGCAAGACGCCAAAGAUAGAAGAAAAUUACGGCACAUCAAGUGAUGUUCCGACGGAAAUGACCGAUGAGGAAUUGGCCAGGAAACUCCAGGCGGAAUGGGAUCAAGAGGUUGCCAACACUCCCCACGCGGCGCUCCAGGAGCAGACUCUGCAACUUCCGAACGAGCACAAUGUGUCAGUAUCUCGAGAUGAAAGCCCAAGUCCAACAUCGACCAGAUCCAAGCCGUCAAUCACUCUCCCAACGGCUUUGAACAAGCCUAGUACAAACAACAAGGCGAAACCCACACUUGGCCUUCAAGCUGCGGGCAUGGCUGAGGACACAACAACGACUUCGAUACCCUUCGAUGAGUCGCCUCUAACAUUCGAUCCAGCAGAAGUUCUCAUCGAGGGUGACCCGGCAAGUCUGUUACCAGCAGUAUCAACCAAUGCCAUCUCACCUCCCUAUAUCUCUAUGGAAUUGGGAUUGGGUGGUUCGGCAAUAUCCAAAGCGUUGAGGAACGCCUGUGGGCUCGAUAACCGGGCCCUAAAAGCUAUUUAUGACAAACACGGUGAUGCUGGAGAUGUAGCCUUCGAAGCCAAGAAGAAACAAAGUUUUACUCUUAGGAAACCGAAACCUCUCACUAUUAAGGCUGUUUACGAGUCUUUGGUAAAGAUUGCCAGCAGUCAAGGACAGGGCAGUGCAGAUACCAAGCAAAGAAUCGUCGAUCGUCUUCUCCAAGACGCCCGUGGUGGAGAAGAAAGCCGAUUUGUUGUGCGAACACUUUGUCAACAUCUACGAAUCGGCGCUGUCAAGACGACAAUGCUGAUCGCCUUAUCACGAGCCUUCUUACUCUCGCGUCCACCAGGGGCCGAUUUCCCUCUCAAGUCGGUAACAGAUUUGGCCAAACUCAAGAAAGAAGACCUAGCUGAAGUUUGGGGUCGGGCUGAGGAAAUAGUCAAGGCGUGCUUUGCGAGACAUCCAAACUAUAACGAUAUUGUCCCGGUUCUUCUUGAGAUUGGCAUUUCCGAGGAACUGCUACUACGAUGCGGCCUUGCUCUCCAUAUUCCUCUACGUCCAAUGCUUGGAAGCAUUACGAGAGAUCUAUCCGAGAUGCUCACAAAGUUACAGGGAAGAGACUUUGCAUGCGAAUUCAAAUAUGACGGCCAGAGGGCUCAGAUACACUGUGACGAGAAUGGGAAGGUCAGCAUCUUUUCUCGGCAUUUGGAAGUCAUGACAGACAAAUACCCCGACUUGGUAGAGUUGAUACCAAAGAUACGUGGAGAGGGUGUUGACAGUUUCAUCAUGGAAGGUGAAGUUGUGGCUGUUGACCGUGAAACUGGAGAGCUCAAAAAUUUUCAGACACUCACAAACAGAGCAAGGAAAGACGUUGACAUAGGAGCUAUUACGGUAGAUGUCUGCAUGUUCUCGUUCGAUUUGAUGCAUCUGAACGGCCAGCCAUUGCUAGAUCGACCAUUCCGAGAGAGACGGGAGCUUCUACGAUCGCUAUUCAAGGAGAUACCGCACCAUUUUACAUGGGUGAAGAGCCUUGAUGCUACGUCUGCAGACUCGGAAUCAGUUCUCGAGUUCUUCAAAGCUGCCAUAGACAUCAAAUGCGAAGGUAUUAUGGUGAAAAUCCUAGACAACUUGCCUUCGGCGCUAUAUUUGGGAGAGGGAGAAGAAGAGGAACCAGAAGGAUCUGACAGAAUAUUGACGCCGAGAUCAAAGUCAAAAGGAAAAGGGAAGUCAAAAGGCAAAAAAGAUGAAACUGGGGAGAAAGUCAAAACAAGACGCAAGCCCUUGUUGGCAACGUAUGAGCCAGAUAAGCGACUUGACUCCUGGCUCAAGGUCAAGAAAGACUACAACUCAAGUUUCGACACACUUGAUCUCAUACCUGUCGCUGCCUGGCACGGACAAGGACGCAAGGCGAAAUGGUGGUCGCCCAUACUUAUGGCUUGUCGUAACGAGGAGACAGGAUCAUUGGAAGCUGUGUGCAAGUGCAUGUCUGGGUUCACAGAUAGCUUCUACAAGGCCAACCGGCAGUUCUAUGACGAUGGCGAAGAUGGUGGUGAGCCUCAGAACACGAGAACUACCCAACCCAGUUUUGUGGAAUACUCAGGCCCAAGGCCUGAUAUUUGGUUCGAGCCGCAAGAAGUGUGGGAAAUGGCAUUUGCGGAUAUUACGCUUAGUCCAACCUACACUGCUGCGAUCGGGCUUGUGAGUGAAGAGAGAGGUUUAAGCUUGAGGUUUCCAAGAUUUAUGAUGAAGAGAGAUGAUAAAAGUCUUGAAGAGGCGAGCACAAACGAAUUUUUGGCUGGUCUUUGGCGCAAGCAAGAAGCAAAGGCUGCUUCGAAGAAAGAGAACAGCGGCGGAGCAGGGGCACAGGUAGAAGACGUAGAAGAAGCCGAUGAUUAG